AUGGCGUCACCGAUAAAGACUGGAUAUUUUCAAACCCUUCAGACCAUCAACAAGAAUCAAGUCAUUAUUCGAGACAGGAUAUAUGGUGAGCAUAUAAUCACCGAGCCAGUCCUCGCCGAACUCCUCCAAAGCCCGGAGCUGUUCCGUCUGAAAGGCGUCUGUCAGCAUGGAGUGACUGCCCUCCUCGGCUUGGGUCCGAAAGUGACCCGUUUUGAGCACUCAGUUGGUGCAUUCCUGCUAGUCCGCAAAGUUGGAGCCACCGUGCUUGAACAAAUCGCUGCCUUACUUCAUGAUAUCAGUCAUACCAGUCUGAGUCAUGUUGUCGAUUUUGCCCUCUCCAAGCCUGGAGAGGGGAGUUACCAUGAGGUUCACAAGCACCGCUACUUAAAAAGAACGAACCUGGCUAAAAUUCUAACCCAUUACGAUCUCGGAUACGUGGAGGCCUUCGAUGAAGAUUUAUUCCCGCUAGUCGAAAAGUCAGCUCCACAACUAUGUGCCGAUCGGCUCGACUAUUCGCUUCGCGACGCGGUAGCUUUCAAAAAGCUUAGUCUCGAGAAAGCUCAGAAAGUUUACAAAACACUCAAAGCACAUCCAUCUGCCACUUCGUCUAGUCGUCUUCUCGUUCUCGAUGAUCCUCAGCUGGCGUUAUCGCUUUCGCGAUCAUACUUAGCAACGGAUCGAGAUGUCUGGUCAAAUCGUGCCCAUGCAGACAUGUAUAAAAGAACAGGACGUAUUAUUCGAGACCUAGCCUCUUCUGGGCAUGUGGACGACGAUGCGCUGUGGAGUCUUUCUGAUGAGGAUUUCUGGGCAUUGCUUCGUCGCAGCGCGACGCCGGAGGUUCUGGCUGAAAUGGACAGGCUUGAGACGGAGGGUCUUCCUGAUGAAAAGAAUCUGCGGCUUCCGGCAGCGGCUAAGAUUCGGACUAUCGAUCCGGAUAUUUGUCAGAGUAUGGAAAAGGAGCCUUUGCCCUUAUCGGUUGUUCUUCCAGAGUGGGGUGUGGAACGCCGGGAAUACGUUUGCAGUCGCGAAUUAACGCGGGAAUAG